GAAAAUUUUCAUUUUCAUUGGCGAUUUGGCAUGGAGUAUCCGCAGAAUCCGAAGACAUAAAUCUACAAAUAAACAACUUUACAUCCAACAUCGACGGAUCAAUUGACAGCGUCAACCACCGGCUGAGUUUUCCGGCUGAUCUCCGGCCACCGCCGAUCAACCUCGGAGAUGCCUCGACGUAUAUAACUGAAAACUAUUCUCAAAUUCUAAACCAAUAUCGUACCAAGGAUUGCGAAAAGGCCGGAUCAAGAUCACCAGCGUUGAUCUGAACCCAGAGAACAACUUUCUCAGCAUUCCGGGAAAAUAUGGAGUCUUCUCUCGUAUCAAGAGCCGAAAAGAUUCUCGCGCAGCCUGACCACAACAACGCAGCCACUUUCCUCUCUCAGUUCUGCCGCCGAGACAGAGACGGAGAAUCUGCUAAGAAUCUAUACAGAUUCUGCUCCAAGAAUUUCCCGAACUGCUUGACCCUAACGCUUCUUAAGGUGUAUAAAUUCUCGGAACAUGAUCUCGCUCUCCGAUCUCAGUGCCUCACUCUCCUCCACACCCAUCUCGACCAUCUCUACCACGCUCGUAUCCAGUUAGCUCCCGAGGCCUUUCCAGACAUCAAGAAGCUUCUUGUCUCUUGCCUUGUCGUGCAAGAAAUCAGCGAUGCCAACUUCAAGAUCCUCUCGAAAAUCAUGUUUUUUGUUGCCCUCGACGUGUUUCUCUUGGAUAACACUUGGGACGAGCUCUGUCUCUACAUCACAGAGCUCACGGGCCACGAUCUGUGGAAAGCGUUAUCGGUUUUCAACGCCUUGCCGGCUAUCUUGGACGAAGAUUCAUUGAUGAUGAUCGUGAAGAAACUCUUCCCUCUGAUCUUAAAAUGUUUGAAUUCACAAAGCUGCAGUACUGAAGAAUGGAUCUUGGCAUUGGAAUCUGGUUUGACUAUAGCGAUUAUGCUCGUGAACGCGAGGAGAGAUGACUUGAGUGGCAAUAUUUCAUACGCGAUUCUGAGUUCAUCAAGUGAUCUCGUCAAGAACGGGAAGGAAGCAACGGUUCGAAGUGGUCUACGGAAGCUGAUGCAGAAGAUGGAUGUAGAAGUGGAUAGAUUCCGCAAGAAAGAGUACAGCUUCGUAUCGAAUUUAGUGUUGAAGAUGGAGAGCAUGAAAGGAACAGGGGAAGAUACGAAGGCAGCCGUGAGGACCAUUAAACGGAUUCUUCAAGAAAGAUACUGGGACAUUGAAUCGCUUUGUUAUAGGAUCGAGAAGAGUGAUACUGUCGGAUACCUUAGUGCAAAGUACGGUCGGGCCAAGGUUUCCCAAACUGCUGGCCACUUUUUGUGGCAAGCAGACAAGAUCCUCGCGGCAAAUGGGACAGAUCUCAACGGAGAAAGUGUACUUGUAGUUGUAGUUGUUGCUCUUGGAAUCAUGAGAGACCAGGCUCUUGUCAUGGCGAUAAUCAACCGGAACAAGUUUACGCAGAAAGUCCACAAAAUAGAAGAAGGUCCGUCGGUGAGGAACAUGCUGCCGGAGCUGAACCGAGGCAAUCCAUUGAUCUGGGUUAGCCUGAAUUCUAGAGCACGGGUCACACAUCUGGUCUCUUAUCGUGUAUUCGACAACGUAAGCUUGCUCAAGAACCGCACCGUUGAGAACUUCUUUCUGAACUCUCAGCUUAACCUUGAUCCUCUUGGAAUGAGGCUCUGUCCAAACGAAUUCAGCGUGAACCAACCUCACCUUAUUCAGAUUCUUCAGCCUCUUGACGCAGAAAGUCAAGAGUUCCUUCGAUUCCCAUUGAGCUUUGAGCCAAGUUUUUGGUGGCUGCAAGUAACAAUCGCACUCGGGGCAAUGGAUUAUCAGAACCUGUUUCUGCAAUCCUUCCGUGAUGUCGACUUCAGAACGGAGACAAGUCACACACAUAUUGGCGGCGUUCGGUGCCAUGGGAACACCGCACUUGCAGCACAGAACGCUGCCGACAGUUUGAUGAACGUUUUUGCCUCUUUCCGUCCUCCAAGAACUCGGGAAGAGGCUGGUUUCUUGGAACUCGGGAAGAGGCUGGUUUCUUGCCUUGAGGAGCAAGGGACAAGGGUGAAGGUGUUCAAGGAGCUGGCACAGCUCGUUUCCAUCGUGGCCUACUUCAUAUUCAUCUGUCAUGAAUCGGUUUGGGAUGAUCUACGCGAUUACAUAACCUCGAGGGCCGAAAUCGAUUCCAAAAAGGUCGUCUACGUGUUCCAGAGAUUACCCUAUCAGUUGGACAAGGAAGAGUUCACGAGUCACGCGGUGAGAAGCCUUUUUCCCGGGAUCUUGAAUCGGUUAGAAUCGUCAAAUGGGUCAGGAGAAUGGAUUCUGUCUUUCUCCAGCGCUUUCGCAAUGACAAUUCAGCUGUGUAGGACGAUGCGGGUGAAUUUGGUCGGAAAUCUUGCGUUUCAUAUGCUCAAAUCUCUGACCAGGCUCGUGGACGGAUGA